UGGUGUUGUUUGCGGAAAAAACAAAAAUACUCCUUCAACAUUGAAACGUGCAAACUCCCUCCUCUUCUUCUCCAGUAGGCACACCACUGCAUCACCCCUCUCUCUCCUCCCAAAACCCUAACAAUGGCUUCCCGCCUCCUCCACCUCCGCCGCCUCCUCCCCUCCGCCCGCCCGUCCGCCGGCGGCGGCGGCGGCGGCGGCGGUGCGGUCGCCGCCUUCUCAACCGUAACCCCGACCCCGCGCGUCUCCGCGCUCGUAGACGAGAUCUGCGGCCUCACCCUCAUCGAGGCCUCCUCCCUCACCGACGCCCUCCGCGGCCGCCUCGGCGUCGACCAGCUCCCUCCGCUGGCCAUCCUCACCGGCGGCGCGGCCCCGCUCGCUGGCGGCGGGGCGGCCACCGGGGCGGCCGGCGAGGAGGCGAAGGCGAAGGAGGAGAAGAUGGCGUUCGACGUGAAGCUGGAGGGCUUCGACGCCGCCGCGAAGCUCAAGAUCAUCAAAGAGCUGAGGGCGUUCACGAAUCUGGGCCUCAAGGAGGCGAAGGAGCUCGUGGAGAAGGCGCCGGCCGUGCUGAAGGCGGGAGUCCCCAAGGAGGAGGCGGAGAGCAUCGCCGAGAAGAUGCGAGCUAUUGGCGCCAAGAUUGUUCUCGAAUGAGAGCACGAGAGCUAUGUAUGGCUUCGUUUCUUGAUUUGUUUCUGUUUCUUGUAUGAAGUAAAAGAGAGAAUUUUGAGACCUAGGAAUCAAUAAUUAACGAAAUUCACUAUGGGGAUUUUCUCAUUUGUUAGUGGAAAUUCCUUUUGAACCUUGGAGUUUUGAGCUAUGUGUUCAUAGGCUCAGUACAGUACCAGAGCUUUGAGCUCUGUCUCUUGACUGUCUGUUUGAUUGUACGGCAAAGAUAUCUUUUUAAUGAAAGCAGAGCAAACUAGCGGAUUAACAGUGGGUUUC